AUGAUUUAUAUUAUUUUUCUGGUGUGUUCUGCAUCGGGUGCUAAAUCAAGCAGAUUUCUCAAUCCAAAAACAGAUGUCAUAAAAGAAACCAUAUAAGAUUACAAUUACAUGGCUAAUUUAAACUAGUCCAUUUUAUUUCAAUAUGCUAAUUAUUAUGGCACAUACUCUAUGUCAUUGAAAUCGGGAGGCAAUAAUGAGAUUCCUUUAGCAUAAUCAAUAGAUGGCAAUUUCAGUUAAGGAUGCCAUCCAUACUCAAGAAAGAUAGCAUAAUAACAAUUAUUUAAUACAACUCCUCGUCUGCCAUUUGAAACCCCUGAAACCCUUCAAGGAAUAAUCACUUCAGUUUAUGCUGCAAAUUAUUUUGUAUUUAUUUUGAGGAGUGAUUUUAAAUUGUUUAUCAUGAAGAUAGAUUACGAUAAAUAAAAUUAUGAUAUUAUAGACUUUACAUAGUAUUAAAUAGUGGAAUUGAAGAAGGAGUUUGAUAAUAUAAAUGGAAAGUCUUAAUUACUAAACUCGGAACUGUUGUGUAGUCAAUACUUGAAAUAAGGAGGACAAAUUUUUUGUUUUAUAAUAAGUGAGCACGGAGUUUUAUAAUUCUCCUAUAAUUAAAUCGAUGAAAACAUGGUUUCAAUUUCUAAAUUAUUCAAUCUGAAAAAUGAAACAAUCAAUCACAUAUUUUUCAGUGAUGAAAAUGAAUUGUUAUUUAUAACUUAUCCAACAGCAGGAGUUGAUGUCUAUAAAAUGAAUCCGAAUGGAGAUUUAGAAUUAAUUACAAAUAUAUUACCCAACGGAUUAACAAACUUAAAGUAAGCCAAAAUGGAUGAAACUUCCAAUUAUCUCUUCAUUCUAAAUGAACGAUUGGGAGUUCAUAUCUAUAAUUUCAAUAAAUAAACCUAAUCUUUCUCAGAGAACAAUAUGUAUAUUUAUAUUAAAGGAGGAGAUACAUUUGAUUUUCACAGAAACACCAUGUUCAUUUUAGCUCAAACUGAAGACUCAUUAUAAUAUGCAUUAGAGAUAUUUAUUGAUUUUAAACUGGAAUAAUAUUACUUCAAUUAAAUUCAUUAAUUUGGAUAGGAUGUAUAUGACGUUUACGUUGGAAAUUUGUUUGUUUUAUUCGUUGGUUCUGAUCGCUUGCAUUAAGUUAUAUAUCACUCUGUUUACAAAGAUUUUGAUGCUUAACAUGAAUAAUUUUAUUUCUCUGAUAUUGAUUUGAUCUAAGUGGAUGAAUUGAAUCCUCCUUGGAAAUAAUAAUUGUUCAAUGGGAAAGCCUUUGAAGAUGGAAUAUUGAGCAAAGUAAACUUGACCUAUACAGAAACCUUCUUGGUUGGCAUUUCAGAGAAUGAAGUGAGUUUGUUUAGAAUCAGAUUAAUACCUCCUUGGGUACUUUGCACUGCUUUCGAACCUAAAAUAGAAUAUUAUUCGCUAACUUUAAAUUCUACUGUUUGUCCAUCAUUAAAAGAUUAAGUUUAAAAUCAAUUUAAAUAUUGUUAAGUAUAGGCAAAUUUCAGUUUUGAAGGAGUUAGCGUUUUGAUGUAUGAAGAACAUUAAUCCUAUUUUAUUUUAGUUGUAAUAAUUUUAGUAUCAAUGAUCUUGAUAUUAUUUAUUACUCUAUUAAUAUGCAGAAAGAGAUUAUAUCAAAAAUUAAGUGAUUAAGAUGAAAAGUAAAUUGAAGAAUAUUCUAACAGAGAAUAAAAGUAAUUGGACACAGAAAAUAUUAAAACCAUGAUUUGA